UUUUCCGAGUACCCUCCCCUUUCGUCCCUAUUAUAUGUUUUUUUUCAGUAUUAUUCUCUACACUUAAACCUUUCUGCAGUACUACUUGCAUUUUUUAUAAUUUCUGUUUGUGGGUUUAAAAUGGUCCAUUAUGUUAAUUUACAUACUGGAUUAAGUCAAAAUAUGAAGAGAUUGCUUAAACAAUUGACAAAAACUUUGAUAAUUUUGGUAUAUAUUCAUUUUACAAAUCUGAGUCUUGUUAUAGUGUAUAUCAGGGAACGUGCCGUCCCGAUUUCUUAUUAG